ACCAGUACAGACCCUGAUCUCACCAACAGCACCAGUUAAACCAGUUCCUGCUCCAGUGCGGAUCAGCAGAGAGACAGUGGAGCUGAUGGGGGAGUCUGAGGUUUGGGUUUUGCUGGUUUUUGGGGUUUUUCUCCCGAGUUAUGGAGUUUCAGAGCCGCCAGUGGUUUCUAUGUUUAUCGACUCUCCUCCACCUGGACCGAACCUGCAGAGCCUGACCUGCGUGGCCACAGGCUUCUACCCCAAAUCCCUGAAGAUGAUUCUGAGGAUAUCUGGUGCUCCAAUAUCUGAAGAUCAGAUAAAAUCCACUGGAGUCAGACCCAGCGGUGAUGGAACCUACAAUCUGAGCAAGACCCUGGAGGUUCUGGAGAACGAGAAGCUGAAUGAAUACGACUGUUACGUGACUCACAGCUCCCUCAAAGAACCAAUCAUUGUACAUUUAGGUGUGCACUGGGUGUUUUGGCUGCUGCUCAGUGUAGGUUUGCUGAUUGGGAUCAUUGUACUCGUGUGUUGUUGUCUUUGUGUUGAAAACAGAAAAGACGCCUCUGCUAUCUUCGUGUGUUCUGAUCUGAUUUGUUCCUGUUUGUCUUUGUGUGACUCAGUGUAAAAAAUCAAUGUUCUGUAAUCCGGUAUAAUCUGAUCGCUCUUUAUUCAUUAUGUUGUGUUAAUAGUGCUGCAUACAGUGAAAUAGUGAAAGAAUCGUUCACUUUGUGGCACAAAUCCUCUUUUAACUCCUAGUUU